CAUGGAGGAAUUUCAACUAAAUCUCUUUAUUCCCAUGGCUCUUCUCUCCCUCUUCUUGCUAUGCUCCAUUACCCGAAUCUCCUUCAAAUCCUCAAGCAAAAGAAAACUGCCCCCUUCACCACUAAAGCUACCCAUAAUCGGAAACCUACACCAACUCGGAUCAUCCCUUCCCCACCGCAGUCUCCACUCCUUAGCCAAAAAACACGGCCCUCUCAUGCUCCUCCACUUCGGCAGCAUCCCCGUCCUCAUCGUCUCCUCCGCCGAAUUCGCCCGUGAAAUCAUGGUGACUCACGACACCACCUUCGCCAACCGGCCCCGUUUCAAGGCAAUGAUGAAGCUGACCUACGGAUGCAGAGACGUCUUGCUUUCGCCCUAUGGCGAAUACUGGAGGCGGCUGAGGAGCAUCGUUGUUCUCCAGCUGCUGAGCAAUACAAGGGUUCAAUCUUACAGCGCGAUCCGCGAAGAGGAAGCGUCAAUUAUUGUGAACAAGAUUCGAGAAUCUUCUGGCAUUUCUCCGGUGGACUUGAGUGCGAUGUUCGAGGGUUUUAGCAAUGAUGUGAUCGGAAGGUCGGCUUUCGGAAGGAAGUUGAGCGAUUCAGAAAAUGGGAAGAAAUUCUUGGAUGCCAUGGCGGAUUUGGUGGAGCUUUUAGGGAUGAUUAAUAUAGGAGAUUUUAUAACGUGGCUUGGUUGGGUUGGGCGUGUUAAUGGUGUUGAUAAGAGACUUGAGGAGACUGCUGAAAAGAUUGAUCAAGUUAUAGAAAGUGUGAUUAAAGAAUGGCUGCAUGAGAAGGGUGUCAAGGAACAAAGUGGACAACAUUUUUUGGAAAUUUUGCUCGAUAUCUCUAAGGAUGUCUCUAUUGACCGAGAUAGUCUCAAAGCGAUAAUUUUGGAUGUAUUUGUCGGUGGAACUGAUACAAUAUCCACAGCUAUGGAAUGGACAAUGUCAGAACUCUUACGACACCCCACAGUUAUGAAAAAGUUGCAGCAGGAAGUAAGAGGCAUACUCAAGCAGAAACAAGAGAUAACAAAUGAUGAUCUACAAAAAAUGCAUUACUUGAAGACUGUAAUCAAGGAAGCUAUGCGUUUACAUCCACCACUCCCACUACUUGUGCCUAGGCUUGCAAGCAAAGAUGUACAAGUGAAAGGUUUCGACAUUUCUGCAGGAACACUCGUUAUGAUCAACACGUGGGCUAUAGGAAGGGACCUCGUCUCAUGGGACGAACCAGAAACGUUUAAGCCUGAGAGAUUCUUGAAUUCUUCUAUAGACUUUAAGGGCCUAGAUUUCGAGCUGAUUCCGUUUGGGGGUGGACGAAGAGGAUGCCCUGGGAUCGCAUUGGCUUCUGCUGGGAUGGAGCUUCUUUUAGCUGAUUUGGUUUGGAAAUUCAACUGGAAAUUGGCUAAUGGUGUUGAACCGAAAGAUUUGGACAUGAGGGAGAGUCCCGGGAUGACAGUUCAUAGAGCUGUUCCACUUCUUGCACUUGCAUCUCCCGCUACAUGAUUUGGAACACUAUAGUAGUAUAUCAUUGGCUGUUGUUGCAAUGAAGUUUCAAUCAAUACAAGCAUAUAUAUGUAGAUUUUAAGUAUUCACAAGUUUUAUGUGUGGUUUUUGUCAGAGGGCAUGCAAUGUUUGUAAGUUACAGAAUAAAAUUAGUACUAUUGACGUGU